AUGCUCAUUUCAUUUAGAGAUUUACCUCCUUAUAUACGACCUACAUGGAUUGAAGUGAAUCUCACCAACGUACAAUCAAAUGUUCGCCUUUUAAAAAAUCAUAUUGGUGAGAAAGUACAUCUUAUGGCCGUUGUUAAAGCAAAUGCGUAUGGAUACGGAAUGAUGGAAAUAGCUCGUACAUCUCUGUCUUCUGGUGCGACUUGGUUAGGCGUAGCUACAUUAGAUGAAGCAUUAGUUCUACGUCGUGAAUUCUUGAAAAACAUUCCAAUUCUAGUUCUUGGUUAUGUUCCAACAGAACAUCUAUCAGUAGCCAGUAAUUCUGACGUUACGGUGACGGCUAUUUCACUUGAAUGGAUCAAGGAAGCUUUAAGCAUCGUUCAACAACCGAUUGAUUUUCAUCUCAAAGUUGAUACGGGUAUGAAUCGUCUAGGUUGUAAGACACUAGAUGAUGUGCGAAAAGUUAUAGAACUUACAGCUGGUCAUCGAAAUCUUCGUUUCACAGGAGUUUUUACUCAUUUUGCCACUUCUGAAGAUGUCAACAAUAGAACCUAUUAUCGUACACAACUAAAACGUUUUCAUGAGUUUCUUGAAAUUAUACCGAAUCGUACUGAAAAAGUUGUUCACUGUGCAAAUUCCGGUGCCACACUAUAUCAGGACGAAAAACCUUUCUUUAAUAUGGUGCGAUGUGGAAAAGCAUUGACAGGUCCACCCAAUGAACCGUUAAAACAUUUAUUACCUGUUCCACUUGAAACUUCUAUUUCUAUUCAUUCGCAACUAAGUCUCGUUAAACAAGUAGAUGCUGGUGAAAAGAUUGGUUAUGGAGAUGACUAUACGACAAAUGAAACGCAAUGGAUAGGCACUGUACCAAUUGGAUACGGUGAUGGCUGGCAUCAAGAUUUUAGACGAACGGGUGUUCUUGUUGAUGGAAAGCGAAUGCAAAUCGUUGGACGUAUUUCUAUGGAUCAAUUGAUGCUCGCUCUUGACCGAGAAUAUCCUGUUGGAACUCGUGUGACUUUUGUUGGUCAGCAAGGCAAUGAGACAAUUACCGGUGAUGACGUUGCUCGCGAAGCAAAAAUACCCAGAUCAGAAGUGUUUAGUUCAAUGUCAAGCCGUGUGCCUCGUGUCUAUCCGAAAAUACCUAAUGCAGGAAUCAUCAAUAUUCACAAUUAUUUGCUUAAUAGUCUGUGUCUGCUAGGAGUAACAUAUUAUCUUUAUUAUACUCGUAGUUAA